AUGAAAAUAACACUUGUUGCAAUAUUAUUGUUAUCUAUUGUCAGUGCGAGACUGCAUUUGUCAGAGAUACAAGAAGAGAGACUCAACGCUAGACAGCCUAACAGGGACUGGCUUUGGUACGAACAAAGACUUGACCAUUUCAAUCCUCAAAACAAGGGUACCUUCAAGCAGAAGUACUACGAUAUCAGCCAUUACUGGGAUCCAAAGGAAGGACCACUCUUUUUGUAUAUCUGUGGGGAAGGAACUUGUAGACAACCAGCUGAAAACAGCUUUGUUGUCAAUCUUGCUAAGAAGUUCAGCGGAAGAGUCCUUGCUCUAGAGCACAGAUUCUAUGGACACAGUCAGCCUUUUGAAGACUGGUCCACAGAGAAUCUCCAAUUUUUGACCCCAGACCAAGGUCUUGCUGAUCUUGCCCAAUUUGCUAGUGACAAAUCCAAGGAGUUCAGUGAUACUUUUGGAAUUCCAUUCAGGAGAUGGAUCACUGUAGGAGGAAGUUAUCCAGGAGCAUUGUCAGCUUGGUUCAGAGAGAAGUAUCCACACAUUGCCUUUGCGUCCCUCUCCUCAUCAGGAGUCGUGCAAGCUGUCACUGAUUAUCAUGAAUAUGAUGGCCAAGUUUUCAAGUCAACUUCAAAGAGUGGAACUGAGUGUCCAGAAAAAUUUAUCGGUAUUACUAAAGCAUUUGAAGACUUAUUCGAAAACUCUGAACAACUCUCAGGAGAGAAGGAGAGGGUCUUUGCUAAAUUUGGAUACGAAGGAGACGAGCUCACAGACGGAGAUUUCUUCAACUUCCUUGCAGAUAUUGCUGCGGGUCCAAUUCAAUACGGUAAAAGAACAGAUUUCUGCAACCAAAUCUCGCAAGUAGAUCUCAACGAUCAAGAGGGAACUAUUGACUGGUUAGUGAAGUUCUCAGAAGGACUUGGAAUUGCCUUGAGUGAAUACCCAGUCUCAUAUCUACAAGACACUACCAUAAACAACAACAAAAAUGGAAGACAAUGGACUUAUCAAUUCUGUUCAAAUCUUGGAUACUUCCAGACACCUUCACAUGAUACUUAUGCAAUGAGAAGCAAACAAGUUGAUGUCGAUUAUUGGAGAGGAGUUUGUAAAAAUGUCUUCGGCAUUGAUAUCUUCCCAAACACCGAGGCAUGGAACAAUAGAUAUGGAGGUAAAGAGCUAGUCUCCACUAAAAUAAUUUUCACAAAUGGAGGAGAAGACCCAUGGCAACACUCUAGUGUCACUCAGAGUGACAACCCAACAUUCCACACCUUUGUAAUUGACUGUGAUGAUUGUGCUCACUGUGUUGAUCUCCACGGAGACUAUCCCGAAGAUGAUCCUCUUCUCACUGAUGCAAGAGCCCAGAUCACUGAUAUCUUCUCUUCUUGGAUCAAAGAAGAGUUGGAACUUGAAGUCUCUUUCCCGAGUGAGGCAAAAGCUGGUAUCAGGGAUCUGAUUUCUUAAGUUUAAAGUACAUUCAAUAAAAGCCACAUCUUCA